AUGCUACGAACGAGGAGAUCCUGCUCUCGCUGGAGCACGUUCGUCCCGGCAACGGGUACAAGCCCAAUUUCAUCAUGUUUGAGAAGUGCGAGGUGAACGGGAAGAACGCGCACCCCCUGUUCACCUUCCUGAAAGAGGCGCUGCCCUUCCCGCACGACGACCCCUCCUCGCUGAUGACCAACCCGCAGUACAUCAUCUGGUCCCCGGUCUGCCGCAACGACAUCUCCUGGAACUUCGAGAAGUUCCUCAUCGGCCCCGAUGGCGUGCCCUUCAAACGCUACAGCCGGCAUUUUGAAACCAUCAAGAUCCAGGAUGAUAUUGAAUUGCUUCUGCAGAAGGUUGCCAAGAAUGUUGUUGAAUAA